AGGUGCUCAGGUGUGGCUUCCACUGAAAAUGUUUGGUGUUGGGGUUUUCCGUGAGGCGCUGAAAGAGAAACUUCUACUGGCACGGUACUUCUAUGGGAAACUGAAAGAGACUGGUCAGUUCGAGCUACCUCUGGAGCCGGAACUGUCCGUGGUCCUGUUCCGUGCUACAGCGCCACCUGGCGUCGACAUCAACAACUUCAACCAACAGCUCUUGGACGGCCUGAAUUCUGACGGGAAAAUCUUCAUGACGCCCGCCGUACUUUCCGAUCAGUUUUACCUGCGUGUCUGUGUCCUGUGCUUCAGGACCCACAUUGAGCAUAUUAAUCUUUGCUUUUCUUUGAUCCAAGAGAAACGUCUGCAUCUUUGGGAGUUACUUCGCGUUGAUGCCUAAAGAUAGCAAUCACUGAAUGGUAUGAUAUCAUGGAAGCUCAUCGCGUUGGUAGUAAUCAUAGAACAACGCUAAACUUUCGUUUAACACAAAGACAUACACGGAUCAUUUUUUCAACGACUUCUGUUGUCGUCUUCAAGAUCAAUACCGUCUCUGCUCUGUGAAGGCUGGAAUGCCCAGUGGUGGUACAGGUCAGUCUUUCUUUCAGAUUUUUUUAUGGACCCAUUCGGCCGAGCCGAGUGCGUCUUUCCAUAAAAAAAUGCGUCCAAAGACGUAUUAAAAGACGUAUGUCUGGCGGGAACGCUGGCCCAUAUGUAUCUGGGCUCCUGAUAUCACUAAGCAGAGACGGUGGGCGUUAUGAACUUCCUGGCACUUUUGACCAAUUGCUGACGUCACGUAUCCACAAAAGAUUAAGAUCACGCGAUAAUGAUAUCAAGUGUUUGUACCCCUCGCGAAUCUACGUUCUGAAGGGAUUGGUCAUCAAUAUUGAUCCUGAAGAAGGCGACAGUGGUCCUUGAAAAUUAAAUUUGACGCGUGUAUACC